GAGGCGGUGCGUCGCUGUAACCGGUCCUCCGUCCUUGCGUGACGUCGUUAACGGUCGCGGCGAUGGCAGGGACGGCGCUGAAACGGCUGAUGGCCGAGUACAAGCAAUUGACACUAAAUCCUCCAGAAGGAAUUGUAGCAGGUCCCAUCAAUGAGGAAAACUUCUUCGAAUGGGAGGCUUUGAUCAUGGGCCCUGAAGACACGUGUUUUGAAGGCGGAGUCUUUCCAGCUAUCCUGAGUUUUCCGCAUGAUUAUCCACUGAGUCCACCAAAAAUGCGUUUCACUGGAGAGAUGUUUCACCCAAAUGUUUACCCAGACGGGAGGGUUUGCAUCUCGAUUCUUCAUGCACCCGGCGAUGACCCUAUGGGCUACGAGAGCAGUGCAGAACGGUGGAGUCCUGUUCAAAGUGUUGAGAAGAUUCUCCUUUCAGUCGUGAGCAUGUUGGCAGAGCCAAAUGAUGAAAGUGGUGCCAAUGUGGAUGCCUCAAAAAUGUGGCGAGAUGAUAGGGGACAGUUCUACAAAAUAGCUCAACAAACAGUGCGGAAAUCCCUUGGACUGUGAGCAGAGAGCCCUGCAAUUGUAUAGGAUCACCUGAAGUAUUUAAUGGUUCUUUGCACCUUGCAGUUUGUCUCCUGCUUUCCAUAUCCAAGGAUAAAGUUAGGAUUGCCGUUUUUCUUUCCAGCUUGUAUUAGGAUAGCCCAUUUAAUGGUCUCUGUUAAAACAUAAGCAGACAAGGCGUGGCUUUCAUGGCUGUUAUUGUUUUCCAUUUAAUAAUGGUGGAACUUACUUGGAUGAAAUAGCUGAAGGGAUAAAAUAACCUUCCCACAAGAGGGUCCAACAGUUUCUCAGUGAGUGUUUUUUUUUCUCUGAAGCAUUGCUUUUAAUGAGAUCGGGUGUGGUAUUUCAAUUGGACUGGUGUGUGCAGUUUCCAUCUUAGUGCUGCUAAUAGAAUAGAAGACUCAAUGCCAUAACAUUUGUUUCAUCUUGGUUGAAUGCAAACAAAUUCCGAGGCUCAGGUUUGAAUGGGAAGUUUGUUUUGUCCUACUUGUAUGGACAUGCUUUUGCAGCAGACAAUGAAGCAGGGUACUUCCAGCAAGCUUUUCUUAAUCAUUAAAAAGAUGAGGGAAGCGUGAUAUGGGAUCUCAUUCACUACAUGAUCAGGGUACCCUCCUAUCUCUAUCCAGCACUUUCAUUUGUUCUCGUUAAUGUUUUCUAGAAUAUUUGGCCCUUUUAAUGGAGUGAAAUAAAAGGUAUAAAAGCGAGAAGAUAUUAGAGUUUACAAAAUAACAAAACAGCAUGAAUGAACUUAGUGAAAGUCUGACAUCUCCCAACCAUGGAGAGCUCAAAAUACCAUCUGAAAUUGGUUUUAUGCUGUUUCCUGCCAGUGUAUCCAUCCCUGAUGUGUCUGUGCGUGUGGGGGUUGAUCUGCAUGUGAGAGUCUGACUGUGUGUGGGCCAAUGGGUGUGUCAGUCGGUCUGUGUUGCCACUGGUGAGCAAAGGAAGUCAAUCUGAAGAGGCCAAAAUCUUGUAUUCUUAGCAUUAACUUCAGAUCCAGUCGAUAUUUAUAUACGUACUUCUCAUUCUUGCACCCCUUCCUCCUUUUAAGAAGCAAGCAAUGUACCCAUCUAACUGGUAGUUGACACUGAAGUGAUUUUAACCCGUGACUUUGAAUGAUGCUGGUUUUAAUCUGCAGCCUCACUCGCUGGACAGAAUGUCUUGCUGCCACUCCAAGCUCUCACUAUAGUAAGCUAGCUGUUUUUUGUAUAAAGCUUCCCCCACUUCAGGCUGCCGCAGCCAGCCACAUGAAAUAUGUACCAGUGUUUUUUUGACAUUCCUCUUGUCUGUCACAUAAUAUAUAUAACAUGGUCAAUGUAGAAGUCAGGUAAGAAGUAGCCUGUGUUUGUGGAAAAAAGGGAUAAUGAUUUCACCAGAAUUUUGGGGGAUUCUCAUGGUAUAAAGAAACAAAAAAGAACAACAUCAGUCAAUAUGCUGCCACAGAGCCCAUACCUGAGGGGCAGUCAUGUGGUUUCCAGUUGUGGCAGCACUAGCCAUGGAUUGUUUGGGGCAGUGGUUUUCAAACUAUAUUUUAGUUGAAGUACUCUUUUUUCUAAUGGGUUAAUAAUCAGGGACCACCCAUUUAAAUUAUAAUGCUACAAACGCUUAAUGCAAAAUUCAUCAGUGUCCUCCUAAAAGAGCAACCAAAUUUUGCAAUGCUUAUUGAGAUUGGUGGUGCGAAAACCUUUCUCUGUUCAGCUUGAAGUCUCACCUUACAAGUUCAGUAACAUUUCUGUUGAAGACUUUCCAACAAUUGACAGGAGUGGGAUUAGGUUCGGUGACUAUUUUGGAAACAAAGCCACUAUUUUAGGUAUAACCCUCACUGGCCACUGCCUUUGAGCACAAUUAUAAAUUGGUUUAGGAUUUUUCCUCCCCCAUUUGCUAUUUACUGGCCUUUCUAUACUGGAUUGAUACUGGUACGUUGCCUGGUAUGUGGCAUUUCUGCCACUAGGAUGCUACCAGUACCCAGGACUACGACUAUAGCUCAAGUCCAGUUACUGGUGCAGCUGCUGUAUUCAAUGAAUAAAGCUCAGCUUGAUUAGCAUUUUAGCUCUCUGUGCACAGGCUUAGGUGGCUGCUCCACUUUCCCUUCCCAGUCUAUUUUCAGAAUUGCCCCAGCCUCUGUGCUACUGAACAAUCCUUCCUACAUGUCCCACUGAUUCCAGGAGUUGAUACAGAACUCUCCAGAGUGUGAGUUUGCAGUUGAGCUGGUCAAACAGGCCAAGAAAAUUAAAAUACUAAUAAAGAGUACUGGCCUGACCUGGACCAUUGCAGCAGUGGAUUGUUUGUAUUAACGUGCAGGCUCUCUAGAAAGUCUCUGUGGACAGAUCCUAGUUUGAGGAUCACUGGUACCAGGUAUUAGUGGCCAAUAGGAAUGGGCCACUCCUUUUGGUUACGAACCUGACCCUAGUGCAAAUUGGUCAAAAUUGCAUUUAACAUACAGUUCAAAAAUGAAUCUUUUAGUCCGUGCCCAUAUUUAUAUUCCAUACAAGCCUUUCCCCACCUUACCCAAUCUAAUCUUACUGGCCUAUCCUUUUAUUGGUUUUUUUUCCAUUGUGAACAUAUCCACUUUCCCUUUAAAUGCACAUGUGCUAUUUGCAUGACUCGUUGUCAUGGUGAAUUCCACAUUCUCAUUACACUCUGGAAGUUUUUGCUGAGCUCUAUAUUUUAUAGUGAUUUAUACAUUUGAAAAAUGUCACCCUGCUUCUCAAAGACUCAGUGGUUAGUACUGCUGCCUCACAACGCCAGGGACCCGGGUUCAAUUCAGGCAACUGUCUGUGUGCAGUUUGUACAUUUUUCCUGUGUCUGCGUGGGUUUCAUCCGGGUGCUCCAGUUUCCUCUCUCAAUCCAAAGAUGUGCAGGCUAGGUGGAUUGGCCAUGCUAAAUUGACCAUAGCAUUCAGGGAUGUGUAGGUUAGGUGCAUUAGUCAGGAAAAUGUGGAAUAAGAGGGUUAGGGGAAUUGGUCUAGGUGGAUAACUCUCUGGAGGGUUGGUGUGGACUUGUUGGGUCAAAUGGCCUGUUUCCACACUGUAGGGAUUCUAAUUCUAUAGUUGGCUUAUUGGGGGUGGCAAGUAGAAAGUAGUUUGUUGUGCAGCUUGGUUGUACCUCACCCUUGGAACCUGUUGCUGACAAUUGGUGCAAAAUAUCGCAGCAAUUUUUUUUCUGACAGCGGUCAAUUUAAACAUUUACUUCUCUCGCUCACAGCAAUUCAGAUUUUCAGGUGACAUGAGUCAUUCAACAGUAAUGAAUAUGUUGGUAAUGUGCUCUUUGAGGAGUGAAGUAUCAGACCAGUCCUAGAAUCUAGUAACUGAAGCAGCACUAAUUCCAGCUUGUCAUCAGCAAUACUGGUAAUCACAGGAGAUUAAAUGGGAGUUAAACAGUCAGCUUGUGUACACAACGCUAGUAGUGACAGGCUCAUGAAGUUGGUGAAAAGGCUUUUAAAUCUGUGACUGAAUUACAAUGAAGUUUUUACUUGGAUAUUAGGGAAAAUAAUGCUAAUUAAGGUUUAUUGAAGUAUCGCAUUAGAAGUUUAAGGGUAUGCUGUAAUUCUCAGAUUGUACUGUAUUUCAGGCUGAAAGAUGUACAAACUUUGUAGAUCUAUGAAAAUUAUAUUCUGGGAACAAAUUUCAAAAUCGGCCUGAACGGAGGUAGUUAAAAAGCAUGUCUGAAAGGGCUGCUUUUUUAUAGAUUCAACCAGAAAUGAUUGGGCCCUUCGUAAUCCAGUUUCACAGUCCACUGCGUGGUCAUAAUUUGACAAUCUUGCUUCACCAACACAAGGAACGUGCAAUGCAGGAAUGGGAAUACAACGCCUGUGAGACUGAAAACUGGACUAGUCAUUUCAGGAUUCCGAUACUGUCUUGGCAUUAUAGUUAAUCUGGACUCCACUAAUGAGCAAUGUGAAAGGACUAGUAUCUGUUCACUUUCCAAAAAUCAGAGGUCCAGUGAUAGGAGCCAGUCAUGAUGUGCCUCCCACACUUCAUUAAAACAGGAGUAGCCCUUGGGCCUCGUCUACUAUUGAAUUACAGAUAUGUCUUGACUUCACUUACCCACUUUGAGUCCAUAUCCAAUAUCCUAAACUAAGAAAAUCUAUCAAUCUCACUUCUUAAUUUUUCAAUUCACACUCCCCAAACAAGACAUCAACAAUUUUUGAGAUCAUCACAAAAUCUUCAAUAAAAGCCUUAAUGUGGGUGUUGUGAUAGCUGGUUAUGACUUCUAUUUUCUAAACCAAAGUAUUAUACCUGUGAAACUAAAUUUUAUUGCAAUAUGCCAAUAUUUUAAAAUAAGUUUAAUUGCUCUGGACUCGCACUUGUACAGUGUCACAAAAUCAUAGUCUAACUGAUCCGCACCAACCAUUUUAUCUGGAGUCAUGGCCCCCAUAUACAUCUCCACGUUUCAUGAAAUUUAGUGUUGUUUCUUACGGAAAAUCUUUGCUACUUUAUGACGACCAAAUGGACCAUAACAUACAAAUGGUAUAAUUUAAUCCCUUUUAUAGAUAGUGUCAUGAGAUAAUUAAAUUAAAGCUGCAUUAAUAACAUGCAGAGGUUACAGUUCAUUGAAUUACAGAAUUCACAGUAUAGGAACAAUCUAUUGGCUCAGUCUGCAAGUGUUCAUACUGCAUGUGAUCAUCCUUCAAUUUUAUCUGACUCUUUUUAACAUAUUUUUCUAUUCCUUUCUCCUUCAUUUAUUUAUCUAACCCUAUGUCUCUGGCAUUGACCUGAAUCACUCCACUGUCUACCAACUAAUGAUGAUUCUAAAUUAUUUUAAUCUGUCCAAUGUGAGUAUUCUCAAGGUGAGAAAGAGUUGAACUGGAAAUGUUGUAAUUUAGCCAGACAUCUGCCUAGCUUUAUUUCUGUGGAAAUUUGGUUCUGAUAGAUGUUACCAUUGUAACUUAUUAUUUUACCUAGUUUGAUUUGAAACUAGAACUGAACAAAUUUGCAGUAAAUUUUGCGCCUUUGAUGGAUUUUCUGUUCUCUCUAAUGUACUGCGGAAACAUUACUGAAAGUUAUCUGUAAAACAAUCUCUGGGAUCCAAAAAAUGUUUUUGAAGGGAGGGCGAGCAGGGUGAUGGGGAUUGUUGCGUCAUCCGUCACUGUACAGAUGAGAAGCAGUGGCUAUUUAUAAAAGAAUUGGGGAAUCACCUAGUGUUUUACAAGCAAAUCUGUAAAGUUAAGCAGUCUGUGCUCCCUUUGUCUCUGUCUUGAUGCCUAUACAGUCUAAAAUAAUAAGUGUUAUGUUCCCUGUGCUGUUACUUUGCAGCAACAUCUUGCAUUUGUGCAGCACCUUUUAAGAUACAGAAAGCACAAGGGAAUGCAAUGAUUGCUGAGGCAAAGGAGGAGAUAUUAGGAGAAUGAUCAAAAGUUGGUGAAACGGAAUUUAAGGAACAGACAGUCUUAAAGUGCGAUAGCCAAACAUAUCAAUAUUCACAAAUAAUUGGUUCAGGUGGAACCAUUGUUUGCUUAUUCUAUUGAAAUAUAUUAAAAGAUGGUUUUAUCUCAUAUCAACUUCUUGGCUGGUUUAGAUACCCAACAAUGAAAGGUUUAUUUUUCUCCUGUGUAAAAAUGUAUACUAUAUAUAAAUAAAGUAA